CCACAUCCACAUCCACAUCCACAUCCACAUCCACAUCCACAUCCACAUCCACAUCCACUUCAACUUCAACUUCCACGUUCACCCACGCGAGCCCUUCCGAUGUGGAAAAAGAAAGAAAUCAAAAACAUCAGCGCAUCCUCGGUCGUGGAUCUCAAGGCCGAGCUCUUUCGGGCCCAAGCCCAGUUCGACCAGGAGAAGGCCCAGUCGCUCGAACUCGACCCACUCGGCUCUGUCCCCCGCAAAAAGAUCGAGCGUCCUGCCACAAAGAAGCCCGGAGACAAGUCAAACCGAGGCGUGGAGGCUCGAUCGCAAAAGGACAAGGCCGCCUUGGCUCUGACCGAGAAUGAGGCCCAGCUCCUCCAGCGAUCCCAGGCCUCGCUCGAGGUAAAAUCCAAGAUCUACGACCUCAUUCGAAGCGGAGCAGCUGACGAUCUGGACCACGUCAUGGACUCGGAAGACAUGCUGAUUGAUUUCGUGCGAAAAAACUGGGACGAUCCGGUUUCCGAAAGCAGCGACUCAACGGAAGAGGUGGCUGUUCGAUCGGGGCUGAUCAAGGAUCCGUGGAUCGAGGUCAUCGACGAAUUCGGCCGGAAUCGGGUCGUCCGAAGAAGCGAGGCACGCAAGGAAGGAAUGAGACCGGUGGUAGAAGGUGCCUUUGACGAUGGCGAUGACGAGAUGCCCGACACUGAAAGCCGCGAGAGCAAGCAGGCUGAGCUCGAGCGACUGAUGCGAACGGACGAUCCGCUGCGCUAUGAUGCUUCGAACGAGGUCCGGAAUCUGGGUGUAUCAUUCUACCAGUUCUCAAAAAGUGAAGUCCAGCGACAUCGCCAAAUGGAAGCUCUGAAGCAGUUGCGAGAGGAAACCAUUCAGCGACGCCGUCAAGUCGCCCAGGACAGUCGAAGGCUCGGCGACCUUUUGAAGCGACGGAUGGACGAACGACGACGGUUUCUGCGAGAAAAACGCGGCCAGGCGACUACAGCAGCAAGUGCUGGCGAAGGCGAAGCGGAUAACCAUGAUCCAGCCGAGAUCUUGACCGAGCCAGGACCUAGUCGAGGUGGCGACAUUCCGGGCUUUAAGGUCAACGAGUUUUUGGAGGGCAUGAGGAGGGAGUUUGAAGCUCGCCAUGCAAUGUGAGGCAUUCUGCGGCUGUAUGAGACAGAGGCAAUGCUCAACACUACCCGCAAAUGCAUCCCCCCCCCUCCAUGAUCGCCACUUCCCUGGUCGAGCGCCGGUGAACCGCAGACCGUCCUAUUGGGUCAUGUAUCGGUUAUAAUGGCACUCGCCUUGGCUCUCAUUGAAACGGACAUAUCUGCGCCGAGUUGGUCGAAUGGGGCCAUAAGACCCAUGCCGACAAGGUCAGACGCACUGAUACAGCCGCUCUGCAUGAUCCAAAGAUUGUUCGAGCGCGGGAAAAGGCGCUCAACAUCAAGGUCUAUCGAGACUGCUCCUAUAUCCACCACGAAGAGCUCUCCUCCUGGAGCCCGAAUCUCCAACGCCUUCUUCGUGGGCUGACACGCAAUAAAAGCGAUCAUUGCCAUGC